ACAAAUUGUUUAUUAAAAGGCUUGAAGACAGAAAGAAAGAGUAGAAGACAAGGUAAGAGGCUUCAUCUUAGGUCUGCAGAAAAUUAUUCAUUUUCUAACCUGCUUGCAAUUACAAAUACAAAUUUGGCGGUGUGAUAGCUCGAAGUUCCAGGGGCCUCUUUCUGGGCCUUUCCUACAUGAAAACAUCUACAUGCAGUAGCUGCCCAAAGCAAAGCCAGGUCUCUAGUUAAGACUCUGGAUGCACCAGCAAGAUGAAACAUUGUGUGCAUAAGGCAAAAAUAAAACAAUUUUCAUUUUGAAAUUGUGUGAAUGCAUCAAGUUUGAACUGCCUGAAAUCUGUCAUCUAUCCCUAAUACCUCUAAACUGAGGUGUCAUGGCCUUCCUCCAUGGUUUUGACCUCAGUGGUCACUUUAUUGACCUUCAACCUCUUGGCACGGGUGUCACUGGCCUGGUACUCUCAGCUAUGGACCAACGCACCAGACAACGUGUAGCUAUUAAAAAGCUGAUGAUGCGUGACGCUGUGACAGUGAAACAUGCCCUGCGGGAGGUCAAAAUCACCCGGCAGCUGCACCAUGAAAACGUCGUCCAGGUUCAUGAGGUUUUGGCACCAUAUGGGCGACCGCUGCCAAGGGACCCAACCCAACUUAGUGCACUGUACAUUGUCCAAGAGUGCAUGGAGACAGAUCUGGCUCGGCUGCUGGAACAGGGACCGCUACCCUCUGGUCAUGCUACGCUCUUGUUCUACCAGCUGCUGAGGGGACUAAAGUUCAUCCACUCAGCUAAUGUCCUCCACAGAGACCUGAAGCCUGCCAACAUAUUCAUCAACACAGACCAACUGCUGCUCAAGAUCGGAGACUUUGGGCUGGCCAGGAUAGUUGACCCUCACUAUUCUCACAAGGGCUAUCUAUCUGAAGGUCUGGUAACUAAGUGGUAUUGCUCCCCCCGUCUGCUCCUGUCCCCUAACAACUAUACCAAGGCCAUAGACAUGUGGGCCGCUGGCUGCAUCCUGGCUGAGAUGCUCACUGGGCGCAUGCUGUUUGCAGGAGCUCAUGAGCUGGAGCAGAUGCAGCUGAUUCUCGACACAGUACCGGUGCUGAGAGAGGAGGACAGGCAGGACCUGUUACAGGUGAUGCCUUCAUAUGUCAACCGUGGAUGGAGAGUCAAGAAGCCCUUUUCUGAAUUGCUGCCUGAAGUGGAUGAUCAGGCUGUGGAUUUCCUUGAGCAUAUCUUGACCUUUAACCCCAUGGAUCGGUUGACAGCGGAAGCAGCACUGUCCCAUGUCUUCCUUCAGAAGUACUCCUACCCAGAGGAUGAGCCCACCUCAUCGUCUCCCUUCCAUAUAGAGGACGAACUAGAGGACAGCUUCAUCACCGAGCAGAGCCUCAGCACCAGCAACAGUCAGCCCUCCAACAUCCACUGGGACAGGUAUGAGAGCAGUUUAUCAACAGAUGUGUGCUGGCAGCAGUCAGGUGGGAAGUGUCACUGCAUCCCCCCUGGCCACAUCACCUCUGACCUGGGAGACACCACAGAGGUUGAGGAGGUGCAGAGGGACCCCCGGGCCACUUACACCUCACUGUUAGAGGAGGCUCAGGUUGAUCCACGCAAAUAUUCCCACAGUAGCUCAGCUGAACGCUUCCUAGAAAACUCUCCCUCCUCUCUGGAACGGGCCUGUGGUUUGGGGUAUGGGGAACUGGACUGUGGCCGCUCCUGUGAUUACAAAGUAGGCUCUCCUUCAUAUCUGGAUAAAAUUGCUUGGAGGGAGGGCAAGCCUCAACACUAUUCGGAGCCUAAGCUGAUACUGGAUCUGUCUCACUGGAAGCAUAACACUAAUAUCUUCUCUGUACCUCCUGAGCCUACUGGUGGCAACAUGGAGGACCUGGGAAAGAUGAAAGAGGACAAGGCAACGGAGGAGGAAGAGGACCAGACAGGGGAUUUAUUCCAAGAGAUUUCACGCUGGGUGAAGAGCAGCCAGUGUCGUCUGCCUUCACUCAGUCCCAGUCCUUCUUUAGAGCCAUGUUCACCCUCCUGCUACACAUCUUCUCCCCCUCUCCCUCUCUCCCCAACUGACCUCUCAACUCCAGUCUUCCAAUACACCGAUGAUGUGCAGCAACCAGUAGCUGAAUAUAAUGAGCACAGACUAAGUCCACUCCCACCAGUCACGUGUUCUUGUAAUUCUCUUCCAUCACUUCUUCCCUCAUCUCCCACCUCUCCACUUCCCCCUCAGUCACCUGAAACAGUGUCUCCCCCCAUCUCACCACUUUCCCCUCCCCUAGAAUCUCAACCCCUCUCCUCUGCUUCCUCCUUUUCUCAAGCAGCAAAUGAUGACUCCUUGGAGUCACCUCCUGUCAACCAAAAAGAGCGACUGUUUGACCUGGAUGUAUUCAUAUCCAGAGCACUGAAAUUGUGCAGGCAGCAUAAGGAGAAAGCAGAUGGUAGGAAAGAAACAGAGGGAGGGUGGAGGGAAGACAGUAAACAGCCAAACAUCAACCAAAAGGUCACCAGGCUUCCAGGGCACAGAACUCAGCCACCACAGACCCCUAACUCUUGAUGUUGAAUUAUCAUUUCAGGUCCACUGCAUUGUGAGUAGCACUUCCAAAUGCUCAUAGUGACUUUACUAGCGAGGGAUGUCCAUGGCUGAACAUGCUGCAUAAACAUUACGCCUUAGUGUUAGCAGCUGUUGUCCCUUUGAUACCGCAGGAACAUGCUACAUGCUGUGAACAAAACUCUCUAUUAAACAAGCAAUCCUGCAGCUUUGUCAAGAGGUACUCUCAGGCAAUAAGAAGUCAGAAAAUAUUUGGGUUAAAUACAUAUAAAAAUAUGUAGUAUGCUUCAAAUUUGUUCUGUCUAGAAAUAAUCAGCUAAUUAAUGAUUGUGCUAUUUGUUUGCUAUCAUUGAUAGUGACUUAUUCUGUGACAUAAGCAUCUGCAAAUAACUAAGGCGAGUUCUCCGGGCUACUGAUAAUCAUAAACUACAGGAGUGGAUCACUUAGUUUGUUUUAGGUUUGUUUUAAAUUUGGUGUCAGUCAGUAAUUUUUCAAAAUAUCAGUCUUCCAAUGGUGACAUUCACCAAAUAAUGACAGUGGUAUGGGAAAACGCUUUCCCCAAGUUUCUGUGAAUGUAUUAACUGAAAAAUAAUCAAUCAAAUUAUUCUACACAGUGAACCAUAAGAAUUUUAUUUGUUGCUGUUUUAACACUCCCACAGUGACUUAAUGAGCUAGGUCACUGCUAUAUGCCUUGUAAAAUUGUUGUCAUAUUUUCUUCUAUAAUAUUUUUCUCAAGACUGUUGUUAAUGAUAUUACUGUGUCUAAAAUAGUCUUUUUAGGCUAUUAGACUAGUCAGUCUUAUGUUAAUUUAAAGUGAGUUGUAUUUUAUUCAUGUGGAAUGCUUUAAAAUAAUAAUUUAUGAUUAUUUCAGUUCUAGUCUGAUAAAUUAGUUUUUCCUGUCCGUCUGAUGGACCAAACAGGGUCAUCAUCUGCUGUACACUUACUAAAAAGCUCAUAUCCGCUCUUUGCUAGACAGCCAGAUAUCUGUUACCAUUUUCCUCAUUUAAAUUUUACUCACAGAAAGCUAUAAUGCAGACACCAAUAGCCUAUAUUUUGAUGAAUAUAGAUCCUUUACAACGUUUAUAGGAAAUGAUUUGUACUCAAAACUUUUCAGUGCUGCCCUAUAAACAUAUUAAUAUAUGGAACAGAAAAAAAAAGUAUAUAUUUUGAAAUACUUUACUAUCCAACGUGUUAGACAGUAGACCCUCUAAAUAUUAGUUAUUUCAGCAUUCGAUGUCCAAGGUGACAAAAUCAAAUAAAACAUACAGUACAGUCAAAAGUAUUUAGUAGAUAAAGGCUGUUGACUUGUGGCUUGUACUUUCACAAUCAGUUGCAUCUGACCUUCACUUGUUGAACUAUAAAGUUAAUAUAAAGCAUAUGGAAAUGGCAUUUAAGUUAUUUGGCUGAGUUAGUGCCAAGAGGAAAUACAGUUAAAUCCAUGUGCCCUAUAUUCUACAGCCAGAAGAAAAAGGAAUCCACCAUUCCUGGUGUCACUGUUUAAAAUGCAACGCUUUGCUGUGACUGUACCAUAGACUAUAUACUGGUUAUGGCCCGUAUGUACACAAGGGUGAAACUAUUAGUAAUGCCAGAGUACUCAGAUGUAUAAAAAAAUUCAAUAUAUAAAAAAAAUCUUCCAGCAUAGCUACAGUGUCCUCAAUAAGAUGUUUUUUGUGUCUUUAGUGUUCUUUCAGUCUAGCAUCCAAUAACCAUUUUUACUCCAACUUCCAGUCAGUUAGCAAGUCUUUCAUGCCCUUUUAAAUAUUAAUUUGAAUCCUUCAUUUGAUCCACUCAACACAGAACAUUAGGAUGACUUUAGUGCGACAAGAGUCGAUAGCUUCAGUCAGAAUGUGAACCACCUUCCCACAAUGCAGCACUGAUAUUCCUUCCUGUUGUCUUUACAAAUAUUUUUGCAGUUGUUAACUGUUAAUACACAUACUGUAUAAUGUUGCUUUAAAAAGGUUGGCUUUCAUAAUUACUAGACCUGCUUCAGAACUUGCAGCUGUCAUACACAGGAUGAGAGCAGGUCAUCACUUGCACAACAUAGUAUGAAUUCCUAAGGAUUGAGCCAUAUGUGAAAAUUGCUGACAGUACAACUUAUGAUGCAGCAAAGCCAGGUAUAACCUUUUAUACUCACUAUAAAUGUGAAGCACAUUUAGCGUCGUUAACACUUAGAAUUACAGAUUUCCUCAGUGACAACUGAUACUCAACCACUGUUCAUAUCUGUUGGACUAACUGACAAAAGUGUUAAAGAAAAAGUGUAAACUGUCCAUUUUUGGAUCCAGAUCCAUGUCUCUGUUUAUAGAAACAGAUAAAUGCUGUGCUGCAGCCUUACAAAUUAAAAUGAAUCUAUAGGUCUAGUGAUCACAUUUUCUAUAAUACAGUCUCCUCUGCAGGUAACCUAACCCAGCAAUAAUGUCACUGACAUAAAACAAAAACCUUCUGUAACAUGAGGUUGCUGAGCUGAAGUUCAUUCUUUGAAUUUUGUGAAGCAAUGUAAAAAACGUGCCUCAGUACACCUCAAUGCUUUCAGCUUGAUGAAUGUACUGUAAUAUGUCCUUUCUGUUCUGCUUGGCUUUCACAACUAUUCACAUAGCUGAGACUUAAUUGUUUUUAUUAAAUGUUACUUUGUAAAACUGA